AUGUGGUGGUCUCAAUGCUUUUCUCGGACGGAUCUCAGCCAAGCAAACCCAGAGCCAAACAUUGCCGCCAGCAAGGAAAAACAUAUCCACACGCCCGGCGAUCCUUAUGAUGUCCCCCUCUUACCACAUAGAGACAUGCCAAGUACUGCUUUGAGUGCCCUUUUCGAUGCGGCGAACGUCAUUGUCUUCCGACUUCUUUCGCUGGUCUCAUCGUCGGCCCAUCUAUACGAAUAUCGUGUGCAACAGCACGUCCAAUCGAUAUUUGCAGCCUUGGAAUUUGUCACCAAUAUGCCACCCGCUGUAUCUCAGCGUGGAUUUAUCAUGGUAGCCCUCCCUUUGCGAAUUAUACGAAUAUGGGCUCCGUGCAACGGCAGAGAACUAGGGGAUGAUACCGCAAGCCCGCUAGCGGAUAAGUGGGCCCAGGAUUUGACAUUUCCCGCGGCGCCUGCAGAAUUUUUCGCACAUGUUGCUGCCUAUAUUCAUGAUUACCGGAAAUGA